AAAAAUCAGAGUGUCUGCUGUCAGUCAGCAGUAUGUGGAGGUUGUACAUGCAGUUUAUUUGUUCAGUGAUACUAGAUCGUGGACACCAGCUUUGCAGGCCCUUUGUUAGCAGAAUUUGAUACAAAAAUAAUUACUACAAAAAGGUACACAGCAAAUCAACUAAAACCUUCCUAUCCAUUGUGUAGAUAUGUGAUUAUGUGAAUUCUCUACUGACUGAAGUGAUUUAAAGAGCAAAAAAUUGAAGUUAGAGGAUCUAAACCAGGAAACAGACUGCAGGGAGAAAGCAGAGAUGCUAAAAAUGUGUGUUACAAAUAUGGGAACAGAGCAGUGCUGUGGUGAACACAGACGGAGACUGGAGUUGUUCUGUCAGGAGGAUGAGACCUUUAUCUGUACAAUGUGUGUUCCCAGACAUUCCAGGCACAGUUUUGUGUUCCUGCAUGAGGCAAUCAGCGGGUAUAAGGACAAACUGAAAAUUGCAUUAACAACUCUAGAUUUCAGAGUAAAACAUUUUAAACAUUUGCAAAUCAAAAAGGAGAAGGAAACUGCAGACAUACAGGAAGAUGUGUUUUGUUUGGAACAAUACAUUUCACAAGAAUUUGCAAAACUUCACCAGUUUCUGCAAGAUAAGGAGCAAAAACUCAUCCAGCAGCUUAAGAAUGAAGCAUCAAACAUUCUGAAAGAAAUGGAAGAUAAUCUUGAACGCAUUAAAUGUGAUGUUUUAUCCUCCCAUCUGGUAGUGUCCAGUGCUGACUCUGAUCUCAAGAAUAAAGAGGCAAAAGUUCUAAAAGGCAAGAAAGACACAUGUGUACCCAUUCAAGCUGAUAUUACGCCCAUCAGACAACAUAAAGCUGUUGGUUUCCUUACGGUACCAGAAACCCUUGAGGAUGUUGCUGUUUCUUUUACUGAAGAGGAAUGGAUGAUGUUAAGAAAACAAGAUAAGGAGCUUCACAGAGAAGUGAUGGUACAGAAUUAUGAAGCCUUGGUUUCAUUAGGAUACAAAAUCCCUCCAGAAAAAUUAUUACUCCUAGUAAAAGAAGGCAGUUAUGUGCUAGAACAUGACACAAACGGGGAAACUAGCAGAGAACAGAAGUGUAAUCUCGAUGGCAGCUUCCGCUGUACCAGAAACACAGAAUGCAGUGCGAGUUACAGUCAGCAGCCGUCACACGGGGGACCUCACUUACUUUACCCAGAUAACGUCCAGCAGUGUGCUCAGCCUGUGAAAGGCAAUAAGAAGACUGAUCUCGCUCCUGUACCACCACUUCAGUCAGUACACAACAGCAAGACACCCGAAUGUGGAGAUGGAACACCUACGUUACCUCAGCCUGUCAAGAGCCUAGAGCAGUAUGUACAGCCUGUGAAGGGCUGUAAGAAAUCUCAUCUCACUCAUAUGCCACAGACUUUCGCAGGAUGCAACUACAGUAAGAGCCCUGAAUGUGAUGCUGGUUGGGGAGAGCACAAUGAGAAGAACCUAUAUAAAUGUACAGAAUGCAGUAAGGGCUUCGCAAGACUGAAGAGUCUUCAACAGCAUUGUGCCAUUCACACAGGUGUGAAGUCAUAUAAAUGUGCCGAAUGCAGUAAGAGCUUCAAACAUCUCAACAGUCUUCAGUACCAUUAUGCUAUUCACACAGGUGUGAAGCCGUAUCAGUGUGCUGAAUGCAGUAAAUGCUUUAUAAAUAAGUCAAAUCUAAAAUCCCAUCAGAACUGUCACACGGGAGAGAAACCAUACAAAUGUGCUGAAUGUAGUAAGAGUUUCACACGCCUCAAUGAUCUGCGAAGGCAUGGAAGAAGCCAUACAGGAGAGCGCCCAUAUAAAUGUCUUGAAUGCAGUAAAUGUUUCUCUCAUCUCUCUCACCUUAAGGUGCAUCAAACCAUCCAUGCAGGAGAGCGCCCAUAUAAAUGUCUUGAAUGCAGUAAAUGCUUCUCUCAUCUCUCUCACCUUCAGGUGCAUCAAACCAUCCAUAGAGGAGAGAUACAUGUGCAAAAGCAACCUUUAAAGCAGGAAAACUGCAGCACCAAGAAAACAUCAGUUUAGGGCAAGAA